GAAGCCUUCUCAGCAAAGUCGUGCACUUUAACUGGUCUGCAUUUUAAAGUUUCCUAUUUCCAGAAGUGACACUCAGGAAAAGGCUGAUAAGUCAGUACUUACGUUUCCUGCUGUGCUAGGGACCUUCUGGGAAGGAGGGGGGUUGACAUGAAUGUUACUUACAGCCUCAUCUCAGGUUCCCUGAGUGUGGAAGGGAACGUUGUACUCAGGUGGGAAACCUUAGUUUUGAUGAAGAACUCUUGUGCUGUUUACACGUGCUAAGGUUGUCCUUCAGGCUAUCUGUGAGGACUUCAGAGACACAGAGCAAGAGCUGGCAGACUGCAGCCCACGGGCCUGGCCACUGCCUGUCUGUGUCCGGCUGAGGCUCCAGUGGAUGCGGCUGGCGCCGUGGGGGCCGGGGACAGGCUGGCGUCCCUGCCCAGGCCCCGUGCAGGCAGCUGGCUCAUCCACCAGGCCCCCGGUCAGGGCGUCCAGCUGCCAGGUCGGGAGCUGCUGGGCCUCCAGUGGCCGCACCUGCCCCAGUGACCCCAGCCCCGCCCCACAGCUGCCCCUCCUCUCCCAAACCGUGUCCUUCCCCAGUUUGUCAGAGUUUAACAAAACACAAAAAACCCUCCUUCGGGGGGUGGGAGGGGUCUCCUCACUGAGCGGGUGUCCACCACUUACUUCUGCUCCCUCUCCUUCCCGCCUCCUCCCCCUUUCCUCCCCCUUCCUUCCCCCUUCCUCCCUGCCCUUCCAGGGACUGGUUGAACUUUGUAGACUGAGUCUCAAAGUUCCCUGUUCCUGUUCAUCUCCAUCUCCUCGUUGCUGUGUGUAGGGUUCUGCAUAAUUUCUUAAGCUUUUUCUUUCAAUUUUCUAGUUGUUUCACUAGCUUUAUAAAGAUUCUGAUUGCUUUGUGGUUUUCUGAUUAGCAGCAAAUAAUUGCUUACCCUUAAUCUGAAAACAAACAAAAUAAAUGGUAAGCAUAAAUCAAGAAUGCUUUCCUUCAGAGCUAUCCACUUGCUGCCCCUGGGAACCAUGGAUGGUGUCAGGUGGGGCCCCGGUUCAGCUGUGUCCACCCUCCCCCAGCGAACAGUCACUCUCCCUGGAGGCAGCCCUGCCUUGGAGUGGUCCUACCAGUCUUUGCUGCGUUUUUCAGGGUUCCUGUCUUUUACGCACACACACGCUCAUACUCAUUUUCAUCAAUUACUGCAGACUCCAGAGAUGCAGCAGAAAUUAUAUGUUAUGACAGAGCUAGCUGUUCACCACAAAAGGGCCUGCAGCGGGUGUGGUCCACUCCACGGCCAAGGGCAGAGCCACGGUCCUGGGCUGGCUGUCCGCAUGCCUGCUCUCCUCUUGCAGUCCUGCCCCACCGUGCACUCUCCCCUUCGCGUCCUCCCCCAGCUCGCUCUCCCCCUCUCCCCCUCCCCGCCUUCCUCCUACACCAAGCACUCUCCCCUUCCUUGUCCUCCUCCACCGCUGACUCUCCCCUCCCCACUCUCCUCUUCCCAUCCUCCUCCAGCUCGCUCUCCCCCCUCCCCCUCCCCGCCCUCCUCCUCCACCACGCAUUUGCCCCUUCCAGUCCUCCCCAGCGUUCUCCCCCUCUCCCCUCCCCGCCCUCCUCCUCCACCACCUGCUCCCCUCCCAGUCUUUCUCCACUUCACUCGCUUCUCCUUCCGGGACCUCAGGCUGCUUCUCUACAUCGCCCCCUCCCAUCCGAAGUCUCCUCAGUUCUGCCCAGGGCAGUUCUGCGUCCUCAGCCUCUGGACUCAACCCUGGAGGCCCAUCUCCUCCAUCCUGAGGAGCAGCAGAACGGCGGGCGUUGUCUCUGUCGGGUCGCCCCGCCCCGGACAGCAGUUCGAGCCGUCCCUGCCUCUCAGUUGUGUCCACUCACCCAACGCGUGCUGGGCCUCGGGUGCCUGGCCCUGUCCCGGCCCCUGCUCCGCAGCGCGCCACGUGAGUCCCGCCGUCCUGUCUGCAGGGCAGGUCAUGCAGGCAGAGCUCUGCACCCGAGGUGCUGGGUGAGCCCUGUUCACUGUGCUCCGGAGCUUCAGAAUCUCCACAGUCACCGUGUUUUACAGAAAAAUGGAGAAACUGGGCUAAGGGAUUGAAUUCGCUUAUCCAUUCUGAAGCCAUCGUCGCCUUUCCCAUCAGAGAGUCACCUGUGAGACAGCUUGUAGUUAGUAGUUACAGUUUCUCCAGUGGUAGAACUUGGAGCAAAUGAUGUUUAUGCAUUUCUCAGUGUGUGUAAAUGCAAUUCAGAAAAUCUCUGUUAUAAGUAAUGUCAUUUUUACGCUGAUGACCCCAGUUAGGGGAAUAUCCGCUUCUGUCUUAUACCUUUAGUGGAAGCCAUUAUUUUAGAUCUGAUUUCAUUCCCUCAGUCAGAAUCUGCUGCUGCCCAAGGGCCGCCAUGGGGGACAGAACACAGUGGAACCCUGACACAGCGCUCAGCAUUCACCGCGGCUGCAGAAGCCAGUGCAAGCGACCAUGCUGGGCAGUGACGGGGGCGGGUCAGGGAAGGCCCGGCCGACCGGGGUGAAGCCUGGCGAGCCACACGGGGACGGGCAGCCGUGCCCACCGACAGGCAGCCAGCGCCACGGCUCCAGCUGCACCGCGCUUGGAGUUUUCACAGAUGAGCUCUAGUCUGAGGCUAAACCC